AUUUUGUUAUUAGUAUCGAUACGAUCCGGAUCCCGAUAUUUCACCCCUACCGUGUUUUUGACGACAUUUCCGGUAAUUUGUAAAAAAUAGUAGGAAGUUCCGGAUACGGGAAAUAGACUCAAGAACUCGUUUACCAUCAAUUUCAGUAGUAUAAGUAAGAAUCAGGUGUACAAUGCCUAUACAACAGGCAUCAGAUGUGGACAAUGAUAUCAGGAUGAGGGUUGGAUAUAAUGGAGAUAUUCUCAUCACAGCUAUAACUUGUGAGAUAAGUUACGAAGAUUUCUGUGCUGAGAUCAAGGAUAUCUGUAAGUUUGAUGAUCAGCAACCAUUUACUGUGAAGUGGGUUGAUGAAGAUGGAGACCCAUGUACUGUUUCUUCACAAAUAGAGCUUAAUGAGGCCAUCAGGUUGUAUGAACUCAACAAGGACUCUGAAAUUAACAUUCAUGUUUUUCCUAAUGUACCAGCAGCCCCUGGUUUACCUUGUGUAGGAGAGGAUCGUAAUAUGUACAGACGUGGUGCUCGAAGGUGGAGAAAAUUGUAUAGAGUCAAUGGGCAUUUGUUUCAAGCCAAAAGAUUUUCAAGGAAAGCAGUUUGUGAAUUUUGCCAAGAUAGAAUAUGGGGCCUAGGAAGACAAGGAUACAAAUGUAUACAAUGUAAACUGUUGGUUCAUAAACGUUGUCACAAACUUGUGAAGAUACUGUGUGGAACAGCAAGACCUCCCAUAAUACAAAGAGAACCUCAAGGUGAAGCUCCACCACCUUAUGACAAAGGUCAAGGACAGGUACAGAUGAAUGAAUCAAAUGGUGAUUCAACAACAACAACACAAGUAGACAUUGGUAAAGAGGAGGAGGCAGUUGAGUCAUCAUUAGAUAACAAUGAGGCUUCAUCUACAGGGGAUGGAAGUAAAAUGGUAAGCCUCGAUGAUUUCAAUAUUUUACGAGUGAUUGGACGAGGAAGUUACGCUAAAGUGAUAUUAGUAGAACAGAAAAGAUCAAAACGUCUGUAUGCAAUGAAAGUAAUCAAAAAGGAACUUGUGAAUGAUGAUGAGGAUAUAGACUGGGUACAAACAGAGAAGCAUGUAUUUGAGACAGCAACAAACUACCCAUUCCUUGUUGGACUUCAUUCCUGUUUUCAGACACCAAGCAGAUUAUUUUUUGUGAUAGAAUUUGUAAAUGGUGGAGAUUUAAUGUUUCACAUGCAACGACAAAGACGUCUACCUGAAGAGCAUGCAAGGUUCUAUUCUGCAGAAAUUGUUCUUGCCUUAAAUUACCUACAUCAAAGAGGUAUUGUUUAUAGAGAUCUGAAGUUAGACAAUGUUUUACUGGAUUCUGAAGGUCAUAUCAAGCUUACAGAUUACGGAAUGUGCAAGGAAAACAUUUGGCCUGGAGACAUUACAAACACUUUUUGUGGAACUCCAAAUUAUAUAGCUCCUGAGGUACUCCGAGGGGAGGAAUAUGAUUACAGUGUAGACUGGUGGGCUCUAGGGGUGUUAAUGUUUGAGAUGUUAGCUGGUCGCUCACCAUUUGAUGUCGUUGGAGGAGCAGAAAACCCAGAUCAAAAUACAGAAGACUAUCUCUUCCAAAUAAUUUUGGAGAAAACAAUCCGAAUACCUCGGUCAUUAUCAGUGAAAGCUGCAUCUGUACUUAAAGGAUUUUUAAAUAAGAAUCAAAAGGAAAGGUUGGGUUGUCAUCCACAGAGUGGUUUUCCAGAUAUACAGUCUCAUGCAUUUUUCCGUACUAUAGACUGGGACAUGUUACAACAAAAACAAAUUUCACCACCAUAUAAACCUCAGUUGAAGGGAGAGCGAGAUCUGGAACAUUUUGACCCAGCAUUUACUAAUGAACCAGUUCAGCUUACUCCAGAUGAUCUAAAAGUUAUUGAUAAAAUAGAUCAGUCAGAAUUUGACGGCUUUGAAUAUGUCAACCCUCUCCUGAUGUCAAUGGAAGAUUGUGUUUGAUAUCACUGAAAUAGCAUGCUAGCCAGCACAGGGAUUAUUGUGUCAUCACAGAAAAUAUGGCUAAUUCAUUAACACUGAGAAUUAGUACUGAAAAUUUAGAAUGACAUUUGUAUAUAUUUGCAAUUAACAAAAUUCAACUAUGCAGAGCUUUAAAGUUUUAUUCACUUUUUAUGCCACCGCAAUCUGUGAUGCGUUGGUAUGUAGCGAUUCACCUCUGUGUGUGUGUGCUUUAUUUACUCUGUUCCUACUAUUUAAUGUUGUAUUAAUUUGGUGGCAUAGCAUUUUUCACAAAUGCAAUCUUGUUUGUUUAUAUGUUUUCUGUACAUUGCACCUUUAUUAUAUAAAGGUAAAUGCUAGUGAAAGAAGUUCCAUUGACAAAGAUUUUUUAUGGUGGAAAGCUGAAUCUUAUCUAUUGUGAAAUAAAAUGUGUUAUCAAAAUAUACUUAUUCUAAAUUUUAAGUCUUGAGCUCACCUUUGUUCAAAGUUCUCAGAUUCGAGCUUUUUGAUUUGUCAUUUUUGUACCCACAAUCACUUUAGAUAAGAUCUUUCAAACAUCUUUCAAACUAGGAUUUUAAUAAUUGUCACAAAAAUGCCAUUUAAAUGGGCUUAGCUUAAAUAGAUUAUAAAAGUUUCAUCUUUGAAAUCUUGUGACUAUAAAGAUUAGAACUUUCAUAUUUAAUAGUUAGCACUUCCAAAUUUCUUUUUCCUUAACAAAAGUUACAUGAUUUAUGUUUAAAAAGCCUUGCCUCUGAACCACAUUUUAUAUAGACUUGUAUAGAAAAAAACUGAGGUUAAAGAUAUAUAUAGCAUUUAUAUAUAUAUAUGAUUUAUCCCCUUAGAUCAAAAUUGGUACUACUAUUUGAUUGCCUGUUUGUAAUAUAGUAAAACUUAAAAAUAAAUUGUCUUUUAGCAGCAUGACUCCAGAUUCAUGUUUAUUUUCAUGAAAGUUUUUAAGAUGUUUUAAAAUUAAUAUAUUGUCAAGUGAAGAAAGAAAGUAAUUUACACAUUGCAAACAGCACUUAGAAUCUAUGAAAAUUACGAAAAAAUAGGUCAGAAUAUGCAAAAAAACAACCCUAACUAUGUUAGGCACACAGUAGAAAUAUGGUUAUAAAUACUGCAAAAUCAGUCAUUAAGUAAAUUAUUUGCUGAUUGUGACAAUUUUUUUUUUUUGCUUAAAAUUUUAGGUAAUUUUUCUCAAGGUUGAUUUUCUUGACACAUUUUUGCUCAUCUGGAGGCACGCAGCUUUAAACUAGGACACCUCUGGACUAGUACUUGAUAUUAAGCAAUCUACUAGAUAAAUUAUUCUGGGCAUUUGGGGCCACUUUUGUUACUUAAAAUAAAACUUCUUGUGUUGUAAACUAAGUGGUUGGUAACUAGGAUACUUUGUGAUAUUGUGUAGUUGGCUAAUACAUGUUAUAACCAAGAUUUCUUCUGGAUUUUUUAAAGAAAUUUCGUAUAUAGAUCAUCACUUAAAUCAUUUAGUAAGGCUAUACAGAACUUUCAUCUUAUUUGGUGAGUCAUGUAGGUCUACUUUUGUCUCUUAUAUAUAUUAUUAAAUUCAUUUAUUAUCUGUUAACAUUUCAUAUGUACAUCUUGCAGUUCAAAAGGUUAAAUCAUUUAAGCAUUGUAUAAUGUUUGAUGCGUAAUAAAGUAUGUAGGGGCUUGUAAAAAUGAGCAGAAAGCAUUUACAAUGUUAAAUAUCACAUUAUUAUCACAAUAUGAAACCCACCUUUGUAAGAUAUACUAAUAUACCACCCAUGAAGUUGUAGAAAGAAUAUUUAACUUUAUAUAAUAUACAUACAUGUAUUUGAUAUACAAACAAGUCAAGGAAGAAGGUUGUUCUGAAUGUAUUUCUUUUAUUAGAAAUUAUAUAUUAUGUAUUUAAUUAUUUAUAUUGCAAUGUUCAUAUACUAAUUUUAUAUCCUUACAUUCAUGGUUGUUUUUUUAUAUAAUGCUAAUUUUUUGUCCCUGCUAAAUAAAUUUUCGUAUGUUUCCGUGUAAGGAAAUUACUUUGUUAGUUGUAGUGAAAAACAACUUCCCAUAAAUAAUUGUGUUAAAGAUGAAUACCCUAGUUAAUGAAGGAAAACCUCAAAAGUGAAAAUUGUUGCCACUUUAACAGCCGCUUUAUAAGUCAUUGCCUUACAAGUGUGAAACUAAACCAGUAGAUGACCCCUAUUGAUUUUGAGGUCAAAAGGUCAGAGUUCAGAUCACUGUGACCUUGAUCAAUACAAGUUUGUAUGACCAAUAGCUUUGGCUUACAGUCGUGUGAAGGUAGGUCUUGAUUAGUAGAUGACUACUAUCCAUUGAGGUCAAUAGAUCAGUCACUUCAGCCUUGAUCACUUCAAGUAUAUCCAACUAAUAACUAGGUUUGGCCCACAAGUCUAAAAUUUAUACCUUUUGAGGUUGGUCAUUAGUAGAUGAGCCAUAUUGGCCUACAGAUUCAGUAUGUAGGUUUGCCAUGACUAGUAGGUGACCCCUAUGUAUUUUAAGGUCAUCAGAUCAAAAGUCAAGGUCACUGUGGCACUAUGUAUAAAAUCCUUGUCCUGUCAAUGACUCGAGAAGAAAUAAGCCUUAUGAUAAAAAACUUUGUAGGGACAUUGCCCCAUAUUGUUUUUAAGAUUAUAAGGUCACGGUUAUAUAAAGAACAAGAAUUUUCUCAAUCAUAUGAUUUGUGAAACUUGUUUAAAUACUUAGUGUGUGUGCAUCUAUCUGUCCGUCUUGGGGGUUAGACAUUACGGAGUUUGUGUACAACUUGAUAUUAUUCAGUCCAUUCUGUAAAUCUGGGGUUGGAAAGUGAUUUUAUGAUGUUGAAAAAAUGUGUAUUGUGGGGUUGAAAAAGAUCAAAAGAAGAUCAAAGAAACAACCUAAUAAUGUCUGUAUAUAUUACUUAUUUAUAUAACAGUUUUAUGAAAUAUGCACAAGUAUUUAAAUACUAUGACAGCUAAUGAAGUAGGUUGAUAAUGUUCCUAUGGAAAUAUUUCUAGUUCUGUGUUUCAUUUUACAGGCUGUCAUUGGAUAGUUAUAAAAUUAUACUUAGAAGUUGAGAUCAAAUUUUCUAAUACAGAAUAGAUACAGACUAAUUGUUAUUAAAGUCUUACUUAUUCAUGAAGUAUGCUAUACUAGUGUGUUGUAUUCAAGAUAAAACAUCAGUAUGAAUUGUAUGAGGUUUCAUGGAAUAAAUAAAACAUUUAUAUGGACCAAGAA